CGCUGACACGGCGCUCCCGCAGAUCCAGAUACUCCGCGCUGCACGCGGGCCGCCUCCCGAGCCAUGAAGACGCACUUCUGUAUCCCGGUGUCCCAGCAGCUGCCCGACGCACUGGGGGGCCGCUACGUGCUGUACUCUGUGUACCUGGACGGAUUCCUCUUCUGCCGGGUGCGCUACAGCCAGCUGCAUCGUUGGAAUGAACAGCUGAGGCGAGUUUUUGGAAAUAGCCUGCCACCCUUUCCACCAAAAUACUAUCUUGCAAUGACCACGUCAAUGGCUGAUGAGAGGAGGGACCAGUUGGAACAAUAUUUGCAAAAUUUACCCAUGGACCCAAACGUGUUGAGAAGCGAUGUCUUCAUUGAUUUUGUAAAACAGUUACAGCUGGUGGCAUCACAAAAAAUCGUACUGUGUCAGGAGCUCUUGUGCUACUUCGGCCUCUUUCUCAUUCGGUUUCACAAGGAGGGCAAGCUCUCUGUCGUGAAAAAAAUGGCGGACUUUGAACUCCCUUACGUUAUUCUUCAAAGUUCUCAAGUGGAAAACUGUAAGGUUGGACUCAGAAAGUGGUAUAUGGAUCCAUCCCUUGACUCCAUGUUGAUGGACUGCAAAGCGGCUGUAGAUUUGAUCUAUUUGCAGGCAAUACAGGACAUUGAAAAAGAAUGGGCCAAACCCACACAGGCGCAGAGGGAGAAAUUAACAGCUCUUCAGAAGGAAGACAAUCAGACAAAGUUUUUGGAGCUGUCUCGAGAGGUACAGCACUAUGGAUGCUUGCAGCUGGAUCCCUGUACCUGUGACUACCCAGAACCAGGCUGUCUGGCUGUUGUUUCUGUCGGCAAUAAUGAGAUCAGCUGCCGCAUAACCCUACCUGAUGAUCAGACCCAGGAUGUCAUUUUCCAGAUGAAUAGGGUUAAGUGCUGGCAGGUCACUUUCCUUGGGACUCUGCUGGAUAUGGAUGGGCCCCAGCGAACUCUCAACCAGAACUUAGAACUCAGAUUUCAGUACAGUGAGGACAGUCACUGGCAGUGGUUUGUUAUUUACACCAAGCAGGCUUUUUUGCUGAGUAGCUGCUUGAAAAAGAUGAUCUCAGAAAAGAUGGUAAAGCUAGCUGCAGAGAAUCCAGAAAUGCAGAUUGAAGUUCCGGAAGAAGGCAAAAGUAAAAGAAACCACAUUCAACAAAGCCAGUGGAAAAACUAUUCUAAUUUUCUACCAAGAAAAAGCAAGAUUUCCAUUAAGGUAGCUGAAAAUGACUGUGUUUUUGGGACCAUAAAGGAAGAAGAUCUUUGAAGAGAAAGUCUCACUUGUUAAAACGUCCUCUAAGGCUAUCUCAAGACUGUUAAGGGCUUGGGGUUGAAGGUGGGCUUCCUUCCUUACUACCAGUUGAAGAAAUUUGACUCCCUCCCAUGUUUUGGCCACUAAGAUUUUUUGGCACAAAGUUUUAUUUAUCAAGUCUCCGGCAACAUAAAGUUCUACGUAGGAACCAGAGUUAUACAGUUUAUUUUUAAUGACUUAUAAAUGGCAAGUCCAUAUCAAGUAAUAUCAAGCUCAUUCCAUUUUUUUCCUGAAAUAAAUGUUUACUGAUUUCAUUCUGAUAUUACAUGAAUGAAAGGCUCUUUAUGAAACACUAUAAAUGCAGUGAGUCUAGAAUGUUCACAUCUUAGAUGUACUUGAGCAUGGAGAUAAGGAAACUUAAUGACUGUUUAAGAGUUUUAAAUACUGCAACUGUUCAGAAUUGUGCUGUGAAGGCAUUUGGGGUAUUAUAGUAAAAUAGGACACAUUAAACCAAAAAUAAAUCAAACAGGUUGCCAUCGAGUCAAUUCCGACUUGUAGCAACACCACAGGACAGAGUAGAGCUGCCCCACAGGGUUUCUAAGGAGCGCCUGGUAGAUUCGAACCACUGACCUUUUGGUUAGCAGCCAUAGCACUUAACCACUGCACCACCAGGGUUUCCAAGGUACAUUAGGUAGGACAUAUCUCCCAUAGAGUCUUGUGAGCCUGUUUAUUUGGGGUUAAGUUCUAAAGAUAUGACUCAUCAGCAGAGAAAAAUAGGCCUCUUUCUAAGAAAUGGAAUCACGGAAAAAGAAAUCUGGACUUUACAGAUCCACCCAGGAAUCACAGCAAGGAGAUGAAAUACUAAUUUGUUUCUGUAAAUAAUUCUGAGCCUACCAAUAUGGAUGUACUCAAAGGUGCAGGCUCUCCAGUGCUGUGUGUCUACUCAGUUGCAGCCGCACUCUGUCCCUAGAAUAAUGAACUCGGUUCAGUAAGCGCCAUGGUCUUCUUGAUUGUUUUGAGUUUUUGAGUUUUGUUUUGGAAAGCAGCAUUUGACAUCAGACGCCUGACAAGUCUCUUGGCUUUAAAAAUAUGCACUUUCUCGCUAGAAUUUUCCUUCAUUCAAAUUUAUGAGUUUCAGUAAUCUGAUGGUAAUUAAUGUAAUUAUGUUUAGAAUUAAGACCACAAUAAGAGAAAAGGAUGGUAGAAUCUAUUCAAUUGUAUAUAGUGUGAUAUUCUAAUGUUCUUUUCUAACUGGGUCAUGUAACUAAUUGUAUAAUAAAUAUGAAAUACAUUCUAGUGAGUAUAGAAUUUACUAGUGAAAAUUCUGUGAAUAAUCUUUCUGAAAUGUACAAUCUAUUAAAAACCCUUUAGUAGUUUGUAAAUCAGUCUACCCAGAGCUUUCAGUGCCGUAAAGUUUGGUAUUUAUAUUUGAGGCCGUAGUAGGAUAUUUUUGCAGAGGGGAACCACAAACAUACCAAAUCAUCCAUGGUGAGUGUAUUCAUGGGUUAACAUACAUUUUCAGAUUGAAAUGGAAGUUUAUCUACUGUUUUGCCAAUUUAAGAAUAGUCAAGAUCUUUAUUAUUUUGUUUUUUAAUAUUAAACACCUGCACAGUGUAAGGGACUAUUGUAGACACUAGAAAUUCAAAGAGAAUUUGUAUUUCAAGUGAGAAGACCCAUCUAUUAGGUUGAAUAGUAUGAAAUUGAAGUUCUUAAAGGUCAAAAAUGGUUAAAUGUUGUCAAUUUCACAUUUCAGCUUCAUAAAAUAGUAAUCCCAAACAACAUGUGUUGAUUUUCAACUCAUAGCAACUCCGUGUGAGAGUAGAACUGCUCCGUAGGAUUUCAGGAAACCCUGGUGACGGCAUAGUGGUUAAGUGCUAUGGCUGCUAACCAAAAGGUCGGCAGUUUGACUCUACUAGGUGCUCCUUGGAAACUCUAUGGGGCAGUUCUACUCUGUCCCAUAGGGUCGCUAUGAGUCAGAAUCGACUCAAUGGCAACGGGUUUGGUUUGGUUUGUUUUUUUUAAUAGGGUUUCCCAGGUUGUAAUCUUUAUGGAAGAUACCCUUCCGGUGCAACGGUUAAGUGCACACCUGCUGACCAAAAGGUCAGUGUUUCAAACCCACCAGCAGAAUCCACCAGCCACUCCAUGGGAGAAAGAUGUGGCAGUCUGCUUCUGUAAAGAUUUAUAGCCUUGGAAACACUAUGGGGGUGUUCUACUCUGUCCUAUUGGGUUGCUAUGAGUCAGAAUCGACUCCAAGGUAAUCUUUAUGGGAGCAGAUCAUCAGGUCUUUUCUCCCAAAAAGCAGCUAGUGGAUUUAAACCACUGACCUUUAGGUUAGCAGCCAAGCACUUUAACCAUUGCACCACCCGGGCUCCUUAGACAACAUGUAGUAAGCGUCAAAUGUGUAGUGUAGACCUGUGUGUCAACGGAAGUUGAGGGGGCAAUCACAGGAAGAGGGGCUUUGAAGAAAGAGUAGAGCCAGGUACGGCAGAGGUGGGGGACACACUGCAAAGAAUGGAAGGAGAGGCACAGAUGGGAGAAUGAAGAUGGGGUUUGGGAAACUCCAAGCAAACCUCUCUGUGCUGGCAAAGUUUUAGGGUAAAGAAAUAAUAGGAGAUGCAGCUAAAGAGGUAAGAGAGGUUUAUCACCAAUAUCCAAAUAUGAGAAGAAAAAGAGGUGGGGUAAAAGUACAUCCCAGGUUUGGAAAUGGAUCGUAAAAACGCACAACUUGAAAAACAUAAUCAGUGUUACUGAAUUGCACAUGUAGAAAUUGUUGAUACGGCAUACGUUUUGUUACGUAUAUUUUCACUACAAUCUUUUUUUUUUUUUUGAGUGCAUUCCAUAGUAUACACUGU